UUCUUGGUUUUUUUGUUUACAUUUUUCAUCCAAAGCUUGAAUCUUUUUGAAGCAAUGUUAGCAAUGAAUAAGAGAUUUUCAAGUGUGAGUUUAGUCACUAUUGUGCUUGUUCUUAUUGCAGUUCAAGUCAAUGGUUUCUUCCCCUUUGAUUACGAAUCUGAAUUUGCUCAAAAUUUCGAUGAAAGUUCAUUGCUUUCAGAAUCUCAAGUUUAUGAGCCCCAAUCCCAUUACUUUCACAAGGUAAAUCCUGAAGAAACAUCUUUGCUUUCUCAAUCUGAUCUUCCUCAUUAUUCAUUCGAAACUCAAAAUUUUGAAUCCACCAAUCUACCUUUCGAAACUCAACAAUUCCCUUUUGAAAUAAAUCCAAACCAUAGAAUCAAAUCACCGGCACCAUCACCACUAGAAGUGUCGUCACCAGCACCGUCACCCGUAGAAGUGCCAUCACCUGCACUGUCGCCUGUAGAAGCUCCACAUCCUCCAAAACCGAAUCCAGACAACACUUGUAAAUUGAAGUGUUCGACGAAAUGUCUAAAACAAGAUAUUCCAAUUCUUCACAACUUAUGCAACAAAGUUUGCAAGUUAAGAUGCUUAUACCAUUAUGCAGAUCUCAUCUACACUUGUACCGAUCGUUGUGCAGAAUCCAUGCCCAAUAACUUCAAAUCUGAUAAGAAGAAAGAAGCUGCAUAUGUGAAAUACUGCUACAAAAAGUGCAUCAAGAAUUUCUAAUCUUUUUCUUUUUAAUUAUGUUUUAGAUUGAAUUUCUAAUUUUAUAAAUUGUGUUCAUUAAUAAAUAAAUUCCCUUA